AAGAAGCAAGAUUACUUUUUCCCAGCUCCAGUACCUCUUUUUUGAUAGAGACAGCUAUAAAUCAGCUGAUAAAUCAGCUCAGAAAUGCUAACAAUAACUCAAAGUCUUAUAGGCCUGAUCAUUUUUUUAUUGAUUGUUGAGUUUUUCAGGUUGCGAAAAGCUUGCAAGCAAUUCCCUCCUGGACCAACUCCUCUCCCAUUGCUUGGAAACUUGGUGCACUUGAACUUUCAGUUUCAUCGGGAUCUUCUGAUGGAGCUGGCAAAAACUCAUGGUAACAUGUACACUCUGUGGUUUGGGUGGGUCCCAGUGGUUAUCCUGAACGGAUUUGAAGCAGUGAAGGAUGGUAUGACCACACACCCUGAAGAUGUUUCUGGGAGGCUGGUGUCACCUUUCUUCAGAGCAUUGGCCAAAGGAAAAGGUAUUAUCCUGGCAAGUGGUCGCUCCUGGAAGCAGCAGAGACGCUUUGGAAUAAUGACUCUACGCAAUUUGGGAAUGGGGAAAAAAGGCCUGGAGCACCGAGUGCAAGAGGAGGCCUCUCACUUGGUGGAGCUUUUUGUGAACCUAAAAGGAAGACCUGUGGAUCCUUCUUUCCCUCUUUUCCAUUCUAUUUCAAAUGUAAUUUGUGCUGUGGUUUUUGGAUAUCACUUCUCUGAUGAGGACAAAACCUUCCAUGAACUGAUCCGUGCUACAGAGCAAAUAUUCAGGUUUGCAGGCAGCUUUGUUCAUCAGAUGUACGAAAUCCUGCCCUGGCUGCUGUGUCGCCUCCCUGGGCCUCAUAAGAAGGUGUUGGCUUGCUAUGAUGUCCUGAGUUCUUUUGCAAGGAAGGAGAUCAGAAGACAUGUAGAGAGAGGGAUACCAGCUGAACCACAGGAUUUCAUUGACUUUUACCUGGCUGAGAUUGAGAAAUCUAAAGAGGGGGCCAAGCCCAAGUAUGAUGAAGAGAAUUUGGUGUAUGUCAUAAAUGAUCUUUUCCUUGGUGGAUCAGAGACCUCAAGCACUACACUGUACUGGGGAUUGCUCUAUAUGGUGGUGAACCCAGACAUCCAAGAGAAAGUGCAGAAGGAGCUGGAUGCUGUUCUGGGUCCUUCCCAGUUAAUUUGCUACGAGGAUCGGAGAAAACUGCCCUACACAAAUGCUGUGGUUCAUGAGAUCCAGCGCUUCAGCAACAUCGUCUUUGUUGGCAUGCCCAGGGUGUGUGUGAGGAACACAACACUGCUGGGAUUCCCUGUCAGAAAGGGCACCAUUGUUAUACCAAAUAUAGCAUCUGUUCUGUAUGACCCUGAGCAGUGGGAGACACCUCGACAGUUCAACCCUGGCCAUUUUCUGGAUAAAGAAGGAAAUUUCAUACCUCGAGAAGCUUUCUUACCAUUCUCAGCAGGGCACCGGGUGUGUUUGGGGGAGCACUUAGCAAGGACCGAGCUCUUCAUUUUCUUUGCCAGCCUGCUGCGGGCGUUCACCUUCCGGCUCCCCGAGGGUGUGAGCAAGAUCAGCACUGAGCCCGUUCUGGGGGGCACACUGCAGCCCCACCCCUACAGGGUUUGUGCCAUUCCACGCUAGGCUGCAGCAGUCACAGGCCAGCAUGAGACAGCUACCUUUACCUCCAGGAAUUUCCUCUCAAGUGUAUAAACCUCCUUCUGGCUAUUGAUAUUAGUCUAUCCCAGAGCUCUUCAGAAAGUGGAUGCAAGCCAAGAUCCAGACUAACAGUAUUUUUUUUUGGUCUGGUCUUCGUAAAAGUCACAGAUGUUCUCGCAGGGAUCUGGACCAUAUUCUCCUCUCUGAGAGCAGUUGAAGCCGGAUGCUGUGGUUCCCAGCUGAAGCCACGCUGUGUCCCCUUGUCCUAGCCAAGCACAAUCAUCCUCAUGCACAGUCCUGAGCAAACCUCAGGAAAAUUCAACAGAGUAUCUCAGCAAGAGCUGAGUAGGCGCCAUUUCUGUGAAUGGCCUGAUGACCUCAAGUAAUUUGACUUUGGAAAGCACAGUUUUAAAGCUCUGUUUUGGUUUUAUUGUCCUGAAUUUAGCCACUUGAAUUUGUCAACAAGUUGGAAAAAAACCAAACAACCAAACCAACACCCAAAUCCCAGGAAACACAUUAGAAUGCGUGUGCCUUCACAUGUGAAUUUGAUGUUAAGUAUCUCCCACAUACUUGGUAAAAAGUCAUUCUAAAGUUGAAGAAAGAAACUUAAAUUUGGUGUUUACUAUCGAUGUGUUAGUUAGUUUUUUAAUGUUUUUUUUAUUUUUAAUGAUGUAGAAUCACACCCAUUAUCAGUUCUGCUUGGAUGAGGCGUUGAAUGUGAGAUGAGAGAGUCACUUUGCCGGUGAGUUUCACUGCUAACUCCAUGACAGAGGAAUGUAGAGGCUUUGGAAUGCAGCCUCUAGGGGCUACCUGAACACUCACAUAUGCUCCAUUUUCUCUGUGCCCUUUACUUUUUUCAUUACAACCCAUACCGCACUUCCUGGUCUCCAUUCAAUUUCUUUCAGAUCUCCCUCGCCCUCUUUCAGUUCCUGCACCCACCUUCCCUUUAUCCAUAUGAACUCUAUUUCAGAAUUCAGCUUGAUAUGAUGACAUCAAGCUUCUCUCUCCUUUUUUUUUCUGUACAAGUAUUAGUAGAGGAAUCCAUGCUGAGCUGAAAACAGUCACCAGUGUGUUUUCAGGAGGAAGUUUGUAAAAUCUCAUUUACUUGUUCUUUAAGGCUCCAGAUUAUGGAAAGAAGAGCACAGUAACUAUGGAGGGCACACUAGAGGUGACUUAGUGUAAGAAAAGACAUAAAUGACAAUGUGAUGCAGGAAUUCGAAAAUAACUGUUACAGUGCUGCUCAUUGGCACGGAUUCAAUUUGAGAAGAGACUGUUUGAGCACACAGCUGGAGGUGACAGCCAAGCUUAGCUGUAACUCUGUUAAGGUGAAGUGCUAGAGAAUUCUUGUAUGCAAAUCACUUUUGAAAAGGAUUCAAAUGUUGGAGUUGAGUAGAGCUGCCUGUAAACUCUACUGUAAACUUAGCAUCAAAUUUGUAUUGAGGACCAAAAGCACUUUUAUGUUGGAAUAUAAAGUAUUUAUAAUUAAAUCAUGGUGGUGCAUCUGAACUUCCUGAAUUUAAAAUGGAGGAGAAUGUAACUACAGAAAAGUGAGACCUGACCAGAUCCUAGCAAGCCUUGUAGUGCUGGCAGUGCUCUGCUCCAGCACAACCCAGCACUGGCAGGCUUGCAGGGCUAGAAGGGAAAUUAGGGCAGCAAGGGCUUUCACAAAGCAAUAUCUGUAAUAAAUAAUCCAGCCUGUUACUUCACACAGCAUAUCAAAGAAUGUUCCAGGGCCUACACACUCCUGCUCAGCCUCCUUUCCAGCUUUAUCUGUGCUUCUCCUCCACCCUUGUUUGUUUUGGUUUUGGUUUUUGGGAGGGUUUAUUUGUUUGAUUUUUUGGUCUUUGGGGUUUUUUUUGUUUGUUUGUUUGUUUGAAAAAACCUUCCAUUUAAAUCCUAUCAAUAUUUGGUACAACUGCAGGUUACCUCUGAUCUGAUGUCUGUUGUCUAUGAAUUUUAAAAACAAAUCAUUCUUGCCUUGGCUGUCACAGGAUAUUGGUCCUCUGUGCUUGACUUUGGAGAGACUUUGUAGUGCCAUUUGUAGCUUUUAUCAAACCCUUACAAGUGAUGACUUCAUCUCUAACUAGGCAAGAAAUAGGAGAAAAAUUCCCUGGGAGGAAGAAAAAAAGAAAAAAGAAAAGAAAAAAAUCCUAACCUCCAACACCCUUCUACAGGUGGUGCCUCUCCUGUCUUUGCCCACUCCACUUGUCAUCUUGCCACUUCCUGAAGAGGCUUAAUCUUAAGACCUGUGUGAAGCUGGUUGUGCUCAAGGGCUGGAACAGUGAAUCCAUUGGGGCUGUGCUCAGUCCCAUUGAUAGAUGGCUUCCCUGUGACCAGGCAGGUCUCAGGAGUGGCAUGAGGUGGAAAGAACUCAUAAUGUGCUGCCACUCCAAGACCCCAGCCACCAGCCCCUACCAGGUGGUACAAAGAAGCACAUUUGUUUUUGAAGAGUCUACUGAAAAUUUGGCUGAAGAGCAGGAGACCCCCAGCUUUCCCUUUUGGAGACUGAGUUUCCAGACAGUCUUGCACAACAGUUUUGCUGUUCCUGAGCAGGGGAGCCAGUGUGGUGUGUGCAGCCUCCUUUAUAGAUUAGUCCAUGUGGGUCAAGUAGCCAAACUGGGCUAGUGACAUGGGUCUGGAAACUUACAGCACCAACUUUACACCCAUAUAUUUCAUAAAGAUUUGGAGAGGGAUGAUGGAGGAAGGCAAACAAACUCAGGUAAUCUGAUAAAAUUAACUUUGCUCUUCCUCCACUCCUUUGGGAAGCUUGGGAGGGCUUCCAGUGUGGAAAACAAUGCUGUUUCACCUCCUAGAGAAUUUUCAGUAACUCUUCAGUUGUAUACUUCCAGCUCCUGGAGAGACUGACCUCUGGCAGUGGAGAAAUUUGGAGGUUGUAGGGAAAGAGUUGAAGUGAUCCCAGGGCACUGGUAAGGGAUGACAGCAGACUUAUCGCUGGUGGGUUCAACUGAUUCCCUAGUCCCCUGGCCACAGUUCUUCCCAUUGCUUUCUGGCCCUUUCAAGUGCUCUUUUCCUUCCUGAUCUGUCAUCACUUGGCUGCCCACAGGUUCCAGCCUCAUGGCAGGUGUCUGCCUUACGCCAUCAAAGAGUUGCCAGGCUCAAAGGUACACACCCUGCUGCUGAUGGCUGCAGUGGUGUAACUUCUUUUAAUUGCUGUGAUUAACCCUCCACCCCAUCUUUUUCUUUAUUUUAUAACUAGUGCCUCAGGUCUCUGAGUUAAGGUAGAACUGUCAUCCAUAAUAAUAUGGUUUAGAAUGUUUUGAAAUCAGGUUGCAGGUUUCCAUUCCAGGGAAAGAUGUGCAACCACUGUGAUUCCUUAGGGUAAAAGUGAGUUCAUGUCACAGAACUGCAGUAGUGCUGCUUUGUUUCAUAUUUGCAGGAUAGCAGGAGUGUGUGAAUCCAGAAAGCCUAAAAUAGUUAAUUUUGAUGGAUAUGAAAGAGCUGCCUAGCAUUAUAUGGUGCUCAGCUCUGCUAAGUUACAGUUCAGGAAAGCACUGGCAAGUUGUCUGCCACCCAGAUCCUCUGCUAAUUUUUUUCUUGUGCUUUUCUUUCUCUUUCAUGGUGGGGCUUUCCUGGGUAGCAAUAUUAGUGCCACAGCCAUAAGCAGGCUAUACGCCAAACUCCAGGGAAGCUAUUUACCCUGGCAAAAGGAGAAAGCAGGCACUGGAGACAAAGACAGCCUUGUGUAAAAGUUUGUAGAUUCUGCAUCCAUCCAGAGAUUAAAAGCAUCAGCUGAUUUUUUCACUUCUGUUCAAAUAAGUUGUUUGGGAAACUGUUUUGUUUCAAAGAACCCGGCUAAACUGUCCGUGUGGAUGCUUCAUUGUACGACCCAGUGAAUCAAUGCUGUGUAGUGGGGGAAUCUGACAUCUAUGGGAUUACAUUUUCAAAACCAGAAAUUAUCUGUUGCACCAGUAUAUGUAUUUGGGGAAACUAUUUCUGUACUUUUGGGGAAGUCUAGAAACUCUUGGACAAACAGGAAGUGAAAGAACAGGAAAUUUUUGCUGUCUCUCCAGUGGAAGAUCUGGCAGGUGUCAAAUGCAACAAAAAGGGAGAUGGGUCAGAAGAGCCAGAGGGGGUUGCACUGCACAUGCUGUGUUGGUAAUCUGAGCCUCAUCAUGGGACUUGUACUAAACAUCUCUUUCUGUUCAAAAAGCAGUUGGAUAUAUCUUCAGCAGGAAAAUUACUUUAGGGUUGUUAAAUAACAAUACAGUGUUUGGCAUUUGUCCUGUUCUUACAAACUUUUCUAAGGUAUCUGCAAUCAUGUGCUGUCAGAAACAGGACAUGAGACUGGCUGAGUUUUCACCUGACACACCAUGGCUGUGUUUGAGUUCUGUAACAUUCAGAAUUAAAAUAGUUUCAUAUUAAUCUUCCUCUUGAACAUUUAUUGUCAUUAUUAUGUCACACUCUUAUAUUUUCCACUUGAAUAACUUCAUCUUACUUCAGACACUGCUCUGACCAAGUGCCUACUGAGACACAGCUUGGGAACCUAGAAAAAGAUGCCCAUCCGAGCAAUCGUAAUGUUGGAGUAUGAGCCAAA